AUGCUAAAGUUUCGCAAAUCGAACUCAAUUUACAUACGCCCAUUUCAAUUUCAAAGAAAUUCUCAAACAAAACGGAAUAUCUACAAAAGGAAAUCUCUUUUUGGACCGUGCUGGGACCAUGUUAUAGGACACUGUAAGGCAAGUUUGGAACGGCCAGAGAAGGUAAUGUUCCUGAAAUAUGAAGACCUGUUAAAAGAUUCUGUGGUUUAUGUGAAGAAAUUGGCAGGGUUUAUGGGAUACCCAUUUUCCUUGGAGGAAGAAGAAACUGGGGCAAUGGAGAGAAUAGUAAAUUUGUGUAGGUUUGAAAAUCUUACCAAUUUGGAGGUGAAUAACACUGGGGUACAGCAUCUGGGUCAGGUAAUUAAUAACAAAGAUUUCUUUAGGAAAGGCAAAGUUGUAGACUGGAGCAACUAUCUGAAUCCCAUAUGGCAAAUCGCCUCAAAGGGAUAA